AUGCCUAAGAUUCACCCUGAGACCAAAGCGUUGAUUAUCAAGAGGCUGAAGACCAGAUCCACUGCUGAGGUGGCUGACACCUUCAAUGUGUCUCAGCGUCAAGUACAACGAAUAAGAAAAAGAUUUGAAGAGACUGGAGAUGUUUUUGACAAGCCCAGGUCCGGCAGACCCCGCAAGACAACUGCUCGGGAGGACAGUUUGUUGGCUCGAAAAUCCAAGGCCAGCCCCUUUUCCACUGCAGCAGAGCUCCACCAGGCCUUGUCACCUCAAGUCCCCGUGUCAACCAGGACAGUUUGUAGAAUUCUGUCUCGAAAUGGCCUCCAUGGUCGAAUCAGUGCCCAGAAACCAGCACUAAACAAAAGAGCUUCAAGAAAGAGAAAAUCCCGAGUAUAUAUUUGGUUGCUGUUGGUAACUUUUCUGGUGGCUGUUUAUCUCCAUAAAGAUUUGCUUCACCACAAAACCAUUCAUGUACAAGAUAGAAAAAACGAUAACGGUCGAACGAAGGCACCAGCCAGAAACAACUCCAUGGUAAUCUCCUGGCCAAAAUGUCAAAUAAAUCAGAGUGUUGCCAACAGCUCAGACUUCAACAAUUUAACUGUUAACUUUCAAGACUUUCUCUACUACCAACACUGUCGCCAUUUCCCCAUGCUACUCGACAUUCCUGACAAAUGUGUUCGGGGUAAUGAAUCUGCAGCCAUACUCUUUCUGUUGGUCAUUAAAAGCUCCCCUUCUAACUACGACCGCCGAGAGGUUCUGCGCAAAACAUGGGCUGAAGAGAGGUUAGAAAAUGGUGUGCAGAUUCGAAGGAUCUUCAUCGUUGGAACUGCGCAGGCUGGUUUUGAGGGAGAGAGACUGAACAAACUCCUCGAACUGGAGAAACGUGAGCACAAUGACAUCCUUCAAUGGGACUUUAAGGACUCAUUCUACAAUCUCACCCUGAAGCAGAUACUCUUCCUUGAAUGGUUUGAAAGAAACUGUCGUCAAGCUGGCUUCCUGCUGAAUGGUGAUGAUGACAUCUUUGCCAACACAAACAACAUGGUAGAGUAUAUCAAAGGGUUAAAAUAUAGUGAUGGAAGCAAGCACCUCUUCAUUGGCUAUCUGAUGGUCAAUUCACCUCCAGUCAGAAAUGUACAGAGUAAGUAUUUUGUUUCAGUUAAUAUGUACAAGUCAGACUACUUCCCUCCCUACUGUAGUGGUGGGGGCUUCAUCAUGUCUGUCCACACAGCUUUGGUCAUAUACGAGAUGUCCAAGUCCAUUGAUCUUGUUCCUAUUGAUGAUGCUUACAUGGGGAUGUGUCUGGCCAAAGCAGGACUAAGACCUGCUUCCCAUAUUGGAGUGGAGCCACUAGGAUGGAACAUUCCCUCCAGCAGAAUAGAUAAAUAUGACCCUUGCUAUUUUAAAGAAAAGCUACUGGUACACGGAUUCUUUUCAGCUAACAUGUAUUUUAUGUGGAAAAAGGUGACUGACCCGAACCUGAAAUGUGAUACCGCAAACAAAUGGCUCAAGAGGAAAAGAACUGUAGCUUUCAGGUGGUGA